AUGUAUCAGGGGGCUGAAGUUGUUAGAAUGUACAAAACCUUAUUGGGAAGUCAAGGGUUUAGAAAGGGCAUGGAUCUAUAUUUUAAGAGACAUGAUGGGCAAGCUGUAACUUGUGAAGAUUUUUUUGCUGCCAUGCGGGAUGCUAACAAUGCAGAUUUUGCAAAUUUCUUAUCAUGGUACUCUCAGGCUGGGACUCCUAUUGUUAAAGUAAAUACUUCUUAUAAUGCAGAAGGACAUACAUUUUCCUUGAAGAUUAGUCAAGAGAUACCACCAACUCCAGGGCAGUCAGUUAAGGAACCCACAUUAAUUCCUAUUGCAGUAGGUUUGCUUGACUCAACUGGCAAGGACAUUCCGCUUUCCUCUAUUUAUCAUAAUGGAGCUUUGCAAUCCGUUUCAAGCAAUGACCAAUCAGUCUCCACUACAGUCCUUAGAGUCACUAAGAAAGAAGAAGAGUUUGUAUUCACUGAUAUCCUUGAGAGGCCUGUUCCAUCUUUGUUAAGGGGAUACAGUGCUCCUAUUCGUCUUCAAUCUGAUCUUACUGAUGACGACCUGUUUUUCCUAUUAGCCAAUGAUUCUGAUGAAUUCAACCGAUGGGAGGCUGGACAAAUUUUGGCACGGAAAUUGAUGCUCAACUUGGUGGAUGAUUUCCAAAAUAACAAACCGUUGGUUUUAAAUUCCAAUUUUGUUGGUGGGUUCAAGCGCAUACUAACUGACUCAAGUCUGGACAAAGAAUUUGUGGCCAAGGCAAUAACUCUGCCUGGUGAGGGAGAAAUAAUGGACUUGAUGGAAGUUGCAGACCCUGACGCUGUUCAUACUGUUCGGUCUUUCAUCAGGAAGCAGCUUGCUAGUGAACUGAAAUCGGAGUUCCUUAGCACUGUAGAAAAUAAUAAGAGCUCAGAAGAAUAUGUGUUUGAUCAUUCAAACAUGUCCAGACGAGCUUUGAAGAAUGUUGCUCUUGCUUAUCUUGCAUCCCUUGAGGAUCAAGAAUUCACUGACCUUGCACUUCAAGAAUACACAACUGCUACAAAUAUGACUGAACAGUUUGCAGCAUUGGCUUCCAUAGCCCAGAACCCUGGUAAAAAUCGUGAUGAUGUUCUUGCUGACUUUUAUGACAAGUGGCAGAAUGAUUACUUGGUCGUGAACAAAUGGUUUGCUCUUCAAGCCGUGUCUGACAUUCCUGGUAAUGUUGAGAAUGUGCGGAAACUGUUAAAGCACCCAGCAUUUGACUUUCGCAAUCCCAACAAAGUGUACUCUCUCAUAGGCGGUUUCUGCGGGUCCCCUGUGAAUUUCCAUGCAAAGGAUGGGUCUGGCUAUGAGUUUUUGGGAGAUAUUGUGCUGCAACUUGACAAAAUAAAUCCUCAGGUUGCCUCAAGAAUGGUGUCAGCCUUCUCAAGAUGGAAGCGUUAUGAUGAGACCAGACAAAAACUUGCAAAGGCCCAGUUGGAGAAGAUCAUGUCUACAAAUGGCCUAUCAGAGAAUGUGUUUGAAAUUGCUUCAAAAAGCUUAGCUGCUUAA